AAUAAGAUAGUAUGAAAUAAUUAAAAUAAGAAUGGAGCUAUUUAAACUAUGUACCACGCUGGUGCACUCUAAAAUUAGUUGAAUGCGAUGCUGGGGGCCAGCCAGAAGGGGAGGGGGAACCUACAAUGUCAGCCAGUCUAAAAAGAAAAUUUUUUGGUUCAGCGCCCUGUAUUGCUCUCUUUUUUUAAUAGGCUGGGCUGGCUUGUUUUACAAAGAAAAGCUUUUUCUUCCUUUUUUCAAAAUCAUCAAAUUAAUAAAAUAGUUCUAUCAAAAGAAGAAAGAAAGAUCAUUCUUUCAUUUUUCGAUAAACUACAAUACUUAUAAAAUGCGAACCAUUCGAGGGCUGCAGAUAACGUCCAUCGUUGUCUUGUCGCCUGUCUUGCUCAUCAUAAUAUCGUUGAUUUCAAUGUUGUUGUGUUUUAUUUAUUCUCAAUUAGCCUAUUUUAUAUUUCCAUCUAUAUCAACUUCAUGUUAUGUACAGUAUCAUUCAGCACAACAACGGUUUUCAUAUCAUCAUCACACCUUGAUACAAGACAUAUCAAAAGAAGCUGCAACAAUAAAAAAAGCAGCAGUAGCAACAGCAGCAACAACAGCAACAGCAGAAGCUGUGAAAGCAGCCGUAAAUUCUUCUACCGCCACAGAACAUAAUGGUGGCAGCAGCAGCAGCAGCAGCAGCAGCAACAGUCAUUAUCUUUAUUACUUAACUGUGAAGAGAAGAGCUCGAUUUUUAUUUCGACUAAAGCAAUCACCUUUCUUUUGGGCAAUAGUAUUGGUAUUGAUAUAUUAUGGAUUCAAGAGAAAAUGGAUGCUGGCGAAAAUGGAUAAAAUGUAUGACAAGGAGAAAUAUUAUUAUGAUAAUACUCAAAAUGGUUCAAUAAAGACCACUAAAAAAAGGUCUUCAAAAAAACGGAAAGGAUAUAGAAAGAAUGUAAUACCAACACUGCCUGCUAGUAUAAAUAAGCAACAGCAACAAGCUAUUGACAACUUGACUGUAAAUAAGACAAAAACUUCAAACAAUAAAGCUGUUAAAAAGCAACAACAACAGCAACAACCAGAGCCACAACCACAAAAGCAAAGAAAUGUAGAUGACAUCAGCAAAAGUGAGACUCUAACUGAGGAGCAACUUGUAUAUAACACUCAACGCUCACCUGUACUUUCAUCUCCCUCAUCAUCAACUGUAACAUCACCGUUAUCCUCAAUAUCAAUGAUCUCCUCAUCUCAUGAAGAACAGCAAACAGAUGAUGAUGAGGAAGAAAUUCAGGAACAAGGGCACGGAUUUCACAAAGACAGUUUUAACUAUCAUUUAUACAACGCUUCACCAACCAUACCACCAUUACACUAUGAACAUAGUAUGUGCAACAGUAACAGUAGUGCUAAUAGCCAUACUGAUCGCCAAAUGCGUGGAUAUUCACCCUUUUCCACAGGCCUUAACUUAUUAGAACCACAACACCAUCAGCCUUACGAAUCUUUAAGUCUAUACAAAUUGAGCCAACAAGUUAUCUUUAACGAGAAGAUGAACACUGUGACUAAAUUAUCCACGCCUUUUCCUCCUCCACCAUCACCACCAUCAGCCCUACUGCCAUUCCAAUCAAGCAUGAGCCCCGCUCACUAUUACCAAUCACCCCCGCCACUAUCGCAACUUCCUUAUCACCAACCUCAAUAUUAUCAUUCACACCCUCCCUACAUGUACUAUUCUCCAUUUUCAACACAUUCGCAUACUUUUUCUCAACAAGAACAUCCUCACCCACAACAGCAGCUACAAAGAAAACCAUCUUAUUCUCGCAUUGAAUUGCUAGAAAACCAUCCUUUCAUUCCUUCUGCUUCUUCAACCUCCUUUUCUACAAUCUCGUCGUCCUCAUCAUCUUCGUCUUCAACCUGUUCCAGCUUCACUACAACUACGACAAACACAACCACUACCCCUUCUUCUACAGCGACUUCGUUUUAUAACACGUUUGGGUUUAUAGGUGAUAAGAAACAAAAAAGAAAAAACACUCCAUAUGCUUAGAAUCGUUUGCAAUGUAUUGUUGUAAAUAAAAAGGAAGUAAAAGAGAAAUAUUUUCAUUUUUGAAA